ACCACCGAGAGACGAGACCAACCGUUAUAUUAACAGCCGUCGAAGUCCAAGGAUCAGUUUUUGAGGAUCUUCACUUUUGUAUAAAGCUAAUCGAUGAGUCUGUAUUGGUGACGAUCAACAAAAGGGUUUUUGGUUGUUUUCGGUGUGGAUUUUUAAGGGUUUCGUUUUACAAGUGGAGGCUUUUUUAAUGGCGGGUGUUUCUGCAAUUGAGACGGAUAGAUACUCUCUGUUGGAGGAUUUUAAUGUCGAUGUUGAAGUAGAUGAUGAAGAAUAUGAAAGUUUUUCCCUUUGUUUCUGGGUUUAUCUUCUUAAUUCCACCACAUUCCCAUCUACCAUCAUUAGACAGGUUCACUCAGACAUGAGUGUUAGUGCACCUUUCCUUGUCCUAGAUGAAAACAAGAAGAUGACGCUUUUGCCAUUGACUCUCCUUCACGAGGAAGCUCCUGAUCCUGUUGAAAAAUCUUCCUGGACAAAAGUUCCUUGCGUAUCUUCAAAAUCCGAGUUUCCUCUUGAACAAUGGGUUCAUGUGGGAUGCCAGGUUUCGAGAAACUACAUGAGGCUUGUUAUUGAUGGAAAGAUCCAAGGAGAGCUGUUCUUGACUUCUUUGCUGACGAAGAACAGCGAUCCCGAAUGUCCUCGAAAGAUAUCACUAUUUAGUGUUGGCGGAGAUGGGUAUAGCGUUGAAGGUUAUGUCACAUGUGCAGAAGCCUUGCCUGCUUGUCAUCAUGUGGAACAUCACUAUAGGAAGGAUCCACCUCUAUUGUUAUCUGUCAAUAAUUCAUCCUCAGUGGGGAUUAAAUUAGAUGAUGAUGGUGUUUGGAAGGCAUUUUGCGGUGAGAAUUUUUCCUUGGAUGUUGUUUUAUCCAAUGCCAUUGGCCAGCCUGUGCACAAGGAUGUAGAGGUUGUUGCAUCUUUGUUGUAUGCUGAUACCCUUCUGGAGGCCAAGAUGAGUGAAACUGAGGCUCCUCUUAUGAUAAGGGAUGAAGGAGUUGAAUUCUCAAUUGAUGAUAGACCGAUCAAAUUAUUGAACGGACGCUCAUCCUUGAAGCUCAAGAUCUCUCAGCUUUCCUCCAAGAGUGAUAACAGAUUGUUGAGGGUUAAAUUUGGAAUACGAAAUGCUAAAGAGUACCCUUUCCUUCAAGCUGUUUCCAAUCCAAUCCGUUGCAUAUCGGUCAGUCCUGAUGUUGGGUCGCUUUCCAUUACUCCGAAAAGGUUGACAAACGUUGAUCGUCCAUCAAGUACCGAAUCACAGGACAUUCUACAUAAUACUCCUUCAGUUAAACGAAUCAGGUUAGGCAAAGAAAGUGACUCUGGGAGUGAGGAAUUAUAUCAGCAUUGCAACUCUUAUCCCCAAACCUCAAGACAGUUUGAGGAUGGAAAUUGUAUGAGAUUGCACGAAGAAUAUAACUCCUCAACUGAUUCAGAAAACUUUGAAAUGAGACAUACAAUCUCAGAUUCCACCAUCUUUAGAUACUGCCUUGGAAACUUAACAGAUAAAGCUCUCCUUCUAAAGGAAAUCACAAACAACUCAUCAGACGACGAAGUUUUGAAAUUUUCGAAUCAGGUUUCUCUGUACUCUGGAUGUUCCCACCAUAGCUAUCAAAUCAACAUGGCAAGAGAGCUAAUAGCUGAAGGUACAAAUGCAUGGAUAUUGAUAUCUCGGAACAAUCAACAUGUUCAUUGGGAUAAUGUGGUCUAUGAGAUUGAAGAACAUUUCAUGAGGAUUUCAAAAUGCAGCAGUAGAUCUCUCACCAACCAGGAUUUUGAGCUUCUAAGGAGAAUAUCAGGAUCCUACGAGUACAUAACUCAGGAGAAUUUUGAGAAAAUGUGGUGUUGGCUGUUCCCUGUUGCUUACUCCAUAUCCCGCGGCUGGAUAAACGGAAUGUGGCGUUCGUCGUCGCCUAAAUGGGUGGAAGGAUUCAUCAGUAAGGAAGAAGCAGAACAUUCGCUUCAAGGCCAAGAACCAGGAACCUUCAUACUCCGGUUCCCUGUUUCAAGAAUCUGGCCUCAUCCUGAUGCCGGUAGUUUGGUUGUGUCCUGUGUCGGUCAUGAUUUUGCUCUUCAUCAUAAGCAACUCAAAAUCGAUAACAUCUGCGAAAGUAGUGGAAGGUACAUGGAUGCAAAACCGCUGCAAGAUAUGUUGUUGGCUGAACCUGAGCUCUCUCGGUUAGGAAGGAUCAUAAGAAGCCACUGACUGAUAUGCGGAGGUUUCUACCUUUUCCAAUAUACAGAUGCUAGAUCAGACUUAAUGUUACAGAGUACAAUUUGCAGAGAUUUUUUUUAAAUUUUGUUUUUGAAUAUGUUAGUCAUUUCUUUUUUAGAUUCAGAAAUGUAAAAUGUUAGAGAGAAAAAUCAGCUUUAGAACUUAAAGUUAAACUUGCAUUUCGCAAGGGUUUUGUAUUAUUACUGAUCAUCAUCUUCUUCUUUCA